AUUAUAUACAUCAACAAACAAGAACAGACCCACUGAGAAUUAUUGACAAGCAGCAGUGAUAGAAGAAUAUCAGAGAUGGGAAAGGCACGCACAGUUGGUAUAGGCAUGGAUUAUUCUGCAACGAGCAUAUCAGCUCUACGAUGGACGGUCGAUAAUCUGAUUGAAGAAGGAGAUCGCAUCAUAUUGAUCCAUGUUGAACAACCCAAAGCUACCAGAAAGCAACUGUUCGAAGAUACGGGAUCACCUUUGAUUCCUCUGGAAGAGUUCCAAGACUCAAAGCAGUAUGGACUUGCUUAUGACUCGGAGGUUCGCGAUAUUCUUGAUGCUGUGUCAAGAACUAAAGGGGCCAAAGUUGUGGCGAAAGUAUACUGGGGGGAUCCAAGAGAGAAGCUGUGUGAUGCUGUGCAAGAUCUGAAGCUUGAUUUACUUGUUGUUGGAAGCAGAGGAUUAGGCCUUCUGAAAAGGGUGUUGCUCGGUAGCGUGAGUAACUAUGUGGUGACUAAUGCUUCAUGUCCAGUCACAGUCGUGAAGGGUGCAUCAUCGACUUCAUCUUCCAAACCAUAAGAACUUCAGUGCGAGUGACAUCAGAAAAUGAGAUAUAUGGUAUCUGAAUGAAAUUGGGGCAAUUUCUGCUUUGUUUUAUGAAUUUUAUAUAUGCAUGUAUGCUUAGAGAAAUAGGAAUGGACUUGUACGACUGUCCAAAUGUCAUUAGUAUAUAUGUUUGCAUUGCUUCCUUGAUGGUGUGUAAUUCUAGAAUUCGACGUACUAUAUACUGAUAACUUCUAUGUACUCAUAUGUAGGGCUUUAUAUGUUAUAUAUAGAGUAUCGAGGAAAUUUGAAGGUCUCAAUUAAA